AUGAAAGCCGCUGGCAUCUUGGCCCUGAUUGGCUGUCUGGCCACAGUUGCUGAGCCCAGAAUCUACUCUCGCUGUAAACUGGCAAAAAUAUUUUUGAUGGCUGGCCUGGACAAUUUCGAGGGCUUUAGCCUUGAAAAUUGGAUCUGCAUGGCAUACUAUGAGAGCCACUACAACACCACGGCUCAGAAUGUGCUGAAGGACGGAAGCAUCGACUAUGGCAUUUUUCAGAUAAACAGUUACACGUGGUGCAGACGUGCGGAGCUAGAAGAGAUUAACUACUGUCAUGUUGCCUGCUCAGCCUUGCUCACUGACGACCUGACAGAUGCGAUUAUCUGUGCCAAGAAAAUUGCUCAUGAGACAAAAGGGAUGAACUAUUGGCAAGGCUGGAAGAAACACUGUGAGGGCAGGUCUCUGUCUAAGUGGAAAAAAGGAUGUGACGUUCCGUUCUGCCGCAGUGCCUCCAGGCAGAGGGCGCGCUUCUCCCUGGAGCUUCAAGCUGCCAGCAGUUCUAAACAUGCAAUGGUGCCUGGGGGUGGGAAGUCACACAACUGCCUUGCAAAGGAGCCAUGUGGCCUGGGGGAGCUUAGGAGCAAGGAGGAACCUUUCUGUAGCAGAGGCAUUUGGACCACAGUCGGCUUCCUUUGGGGAUUCAAGGCAGCAACUCAGCUCUGUGACUUGGACAGGUGA